AUGAACCAUGCAGCUGGCGACAAGAAGCAGACGAGCAGUACUGGACUUCCGAUCACAGAUCUCUCGAUUGAGCAGCUCACAUCUCUGCAAAAACAAGUCGAACAAGAAAUUACCUUCUUCUCGGAAUCAUUGGCCGUUAGUUUCAAUUCAUUUGUUAAUCCAAAGAAUUCGGAAUUGAAAGUAUUCGAGGCAAAAUUCGAAGCGAGUGAAGAAGCAGUAUGCUCAAUCGAUCCGAAAGCAGAAAGGACCACCGCAUUGAUUCCACUCUCCGAAUCGAUGUAUAUAAACGCUGAAUUGGCAGAUCCGUCGAAUGUUUUAGUAGAAAUUGGAACGGGCUAUUAUGCUGAGAUGAAUUUAGAGAAGGCAAAAGAUUUCUUCAAAAGAAAGCAAGAAUACCUUCGAAAACAAAUAUCAACGGUCGAGGAUAUAUUACCGGAGAAGAGACGUAUACGCCAGGCCAUCACUGAGAAUAUUCAAAAGAAGAUCCAAACGCUAUGCGCUCAAUUACCACAGUCAUCGUCAACGAAAUAA